CUCUCCCUAUUCCUAUUCGUAUAGAAGAACAUUGGACUCCGCCCUAUUUAACAUUCUUGAGUCAAAGAAAAUACUCUCCUUGAAUCGCCUCAACGGAAAUACAAUAUUAAUUAUUACACCCAUCACAAUAAAAACCACCAAAUCGCACUUUCCAUCAACUGUUCAAUCUUCAAGCCACCAAGAAGGAUCUGGUCUGGUCAGUUCUGACCUGGGCCAGCCCAGGUCAGAUCUAUUGGUCUCAAUUUGCCAUUGAAAAUAUUCCAUCAAUUUUUUUCUCUACGUGCUUGGUUUGGUCAGAUUUACAAAGCCCAAUUUUGGAUCCCAAUAAUCUGUGAUGGAACAUUCUGCCGGAUUAGAUUUAAACAAAGGCAAUUUGAAUAAUAAUAGGAAUCAAGGCCAUCAUCAUCAGAACCAUGAUGUUGUCGACCCUAGGGAAUCUAGAGACCUAGAUGAAAGAAUACUUGCACAUAUUAAUAUUGAAGCACCCACAUUUGAUGGCCAAGAACCAAAGCACCUCGUUUCUUGGUUAUUUACUAUGGACAACUUUUUUGAUUGGUACUACUUUCCAAACAACAAAAGAAAGGUCAUGUUUGCCACAAUGAAACUCAUUGGUAGAGCUCAAACUUUCUGGAGGUGUACCCAACAACUAAGAGCUAAUAGAAACCAACCUCCCAUAACCGAUUGGGUAGAAAUGAAGGAAAAACUCAGAGAGGAAUAUCUACCAAGUUGGUAUAAAGCUAUGCUUUUGGAUGAGUGGAACAGUCUAACACAAGGGAAUAGACCUGUUACUGAGUACAUGGACCAAUUUGAUGAAUACAUGUUGAUAUGCGAUGUAGUUGAAGAUGAGAGAAUGAUCUUGAGUAGGUUUAGGAAUGGCCUUAAUAGGGAGCUCAAGAGGGAGCUUAUUCUAAGUCAGUUCACCACCUUAGCCCAAGCAUAUGCUAGAGUUCGAAGCUAUGAAUGGGCCAAAAAAUCUGAGCUUGCAAGAACCAACAAUACCCAUCAUAGAUGAGAUGAUGGCCCCAUAAAUCUGAGCUUAUUCACCAGCACGUAAAGAAUAUAUUGGUGUUAUUUGGAUGAGCAAAUUUGUUUUCAUUAGGGACAAAGGAAUUCAACACUUUUCUUAGUUCGUUGGAGAGGAAGGCCAAACUCAGAUUGUACUUGGAACACCACAAUCAAGCUACUACAACUUGAAUUUAAAUUUCCAUCACGGUUGGAUGAUGAAAAUUAUUGCUAGUUGAUGUUUUAUUUUAUUUGAU